CCAAGAGAUUUUUCUUUUUCAGACAGCACAAUAAUAGGCCUACAAGAUUCACGUAAAAUCAGACAACCUUGAUGAUGGCAGAAAACGUUCGUAGGUGAUGUGUAGAUUCCAGCGAACACAGACAGUCUUGCGGGGAAAGCCGUUUUUUUGAACGGAACCGUUUUGAUGGAAAACAUUCUUCCGUCUUGCUUCCCUAAGACAUGCACAACUAUCAUCGCAACGUCGUUGCCGAUGAGUUGCGACAUGAUAGUUCUUGCUGUUUAGGAGAUCUAUAAAAAACCGAAGCAUGUCGAUGUUUCUGCGUCAGCGAUCCAUGUGCAUGUUCGUCGUGUUCUGCAUCCUGUUUGGCUUCUUCCAGAUAAUCCUCCUCAGCCUCCAAAGAGAUCGUAAACCUCUUGGAGAACUUGGAGACGGUGGACCGAAGCUACCGGCCGAGGCUCAGCUUGGCAUGAUUGAGAAAAGACAUGUUGGUGGCGGUGGAGAUGCGUUGGCUUCGAACCAUGUGAAACAAUUACCCCCGUUGGGGAAGUCACUCCAAUUUGGGGAGUUACCUCAAUUGGGGGAGUUACCUCAAUUGGGGCAGUCACCUCAGUUGAGGCAACUGCCUCACCUAGUAGGGCAAUCACCUCUAGAACAGCCUGGCAAUCAAAACAGCGACCACGCAGUGCCUCAAGAUGUUCCCGACUCGUACAAUACGUUCAUAUCACCUUAUCACCGGCACUGGAAGGCCGACUGCCCAGCUAUAUUUUCCGGUGAUAAAAAGGCAGUGAGGACAACUUAUGAAAUGCUUCAAAAGGAGCGCCUUAAGACGAAUGGGUCCGUUGCUGUACCGAGCGAUGGUGAGGUACGAACGUGGACGCGCGACUGCUAUUCGUACAAACGAUUGAGACGUUUCCCAACAAACCCCGGAACGGAAGAGGAGGCCGGGUUCCAGGUUGCUUACAUCAUUGUUGCUCACAAAGAAGCCGCGCAGGUCGAGCGCCUCCUACGGGCGAUAUACCAACCUCAGAACCUCUACUGCAUUCACCCCGAUGCAAAGUCCUCCAGAGAAUUCCACGAGGCUAUACGCUCCAUGACAGGCUGCUUCGAAAAUGUGUUCAUUGCGUCUAAACUUGAAGAUGUCCAGUAUGCUGGAUACACGAGGCUUCUGGCUGAUGUCAACUGCAUGAGGGAUCUAUCGAGAAAGAGAGGUUCCAUUUACCGCUGGAGAUACGUGAUGAAUUUAUGCGGGCAAGACUUCCCGUUGAAAACGAACCUUGAGAUCGUACGACAACUCAAGGCUUACAAGCGUCAUAAUGACAUCACUGGUAUUCUACCACCUCCUUAUAUAAAAGGACGUACGAAACACCAUCACAUAACUAAAGACAGGCAUGUCAUGAGGACGAAAAGGUUAAAAGAACCUCCACCGCAUAAUUUGACCAUCCACUUCGGCAACGCCUACUACGCGGCCACGUGGGCGUUUGUUGACUAUAUGCUGACCAGUCCACAGGGCGUCGACCUCUUGGAAUGGUCAAAUGACACAUUCAGUCCGGACGAGCAUUUCUGGGCGACUCUCCAGCGGGGGGCUGGGACACCGGGUGGGUAUCCUCACGCAACGUGGGACGAAAACGUGAGGUUCAUGAAAUGGGGUGACAUCAAGAAGCACCCACCCUGCCGCGGUAAAUACGUCAGAGCACUGUGCGUGUUUGGAGUCGGGUACUUGGACUACCUCGCAACACAACCUUACCUCUUUGCUAAUAAGUUCUACUACAGUUUCGACCCAGUGGCUAUGCAGUGUAUCGAGGAAGCGCUGAACAACAGAACUAGGAAUCCAUUGGAGUCAGAUAAACUGAGUAAUUUCCCGGUCACGAAUCUCGUCUGGCAAAAUCACACGGCUCUCGUACCAUGAACCUUUAUCGCAACUCGGCACGCGCGCGCAUUAGGCUUGGAAUGGGUGCAUGCUGGUCUAGCUAGUGAGCCUUGCCCAAUUUCAGUUAGGUGACCCGGAAAAUGGUUCGAUCUUUUUCGGAUUCUGUGUCAUGUUGACCCUUUUCUGUGUCAUUUUGAGACAAUUAUUGACCACGGGACCCGGUAUCCAAGUCAAUUUGGACCCGGACGUUUUCAAAGUCUUUUGUUCAUGUGAGUCUUGAAUUCUGUGCUAUAAUGUUUUUGAAAGUGAACCAUCAGUGCUUUUUAUCAUUUAAAAUGAGACGUUAACGGGUUAUGUUUUGUCGUUUACGGGUUAUGUUUUAUUUAUAACAAAUGAUGUAAACCGAUUGUAGAUUAGACAACGGUGAGUGCCUUAUUGUACAUCAGACUACGGAUUUUAUUAUAUAUUUUAUUAUUACUAUUUACUAACCGUUAGCGCCUUUAAUCAUUAUGCAUGAGGCUACUGUUAUGGAAUAGGGGGUUUAUUAUUAUCUUUCUCAAAAUCUUGUUGCUUUUUAAAAUUUAUCAAUAUAAACCACCAGGGAAACUGACUGGGU